AUAAAAGUGAAACAAAAUAAAAAAGCACUUUUUUGUGAUUUUUUAAAAAUCAGCUUAAUUUGUUCUAGAAAGUGAAAUAUUUGAUUAUGGCGAGUGAUGGUUUUAGCAAUAAGAAUAAGGCAGUGAAGAUUGUGAUUAUCACUACAGAAUAUGUGGAGACUGAUGCUAUGAGUUUUAAGUCUGUGGUACAGAAGCUAACUGGUAAGUGUUCUUAUGAUGAACGUGGUUUUGAUGAAAGUACAGAAGCUCCAAAAGCUAAGAGGGAAAAGCAUAAUCUAUGGGAAAAUGGGAAUGGAAGAAGCUCUUUUUUUAUAAGUGAUUCUUUGUUUAAUGAGUAUGAUAUGUUGCUUAGUGAGAAGAUGCUGUCAAAUGACCACUUUUUGUUUGAGUCACAAAUUUAACUACCACUGUAUAUACUUGUAU